AUGGGGUUUGCUAUCCCUGGGAUUGUCCUCAACUAUUCCGAGGUACGCCCUAUGCGAAACUAUCGUAAACGUCGAACGAAGACCAACAAUGAUAGUGGUGAAUAUAUUCAGCCUGCAUCCAUAUCUGCCCUGCCUUAUAACUAUCAAUUGCAGGUGGUACCCAGGAGGAAUUAUGAAUUUAAUAGAGUAUUCAGCAGCACUAUGGACAUUCGGAGUGCAAGGCAGGGGUCUGAAAGACGCAAGAGGAACAAGAUAGAUUCCCUUAAUAGACAAGAAAGUCAUCAUAAGCAUCGACUUCUCACCCUUUCAUUGCUUCCUCUGGAAAUUCUCUUAAAGAUAAUUGCCAUGUCUGGAAAUAUCAACGGAAUCAAGUUGGUUGAUAGAUUCUUCUUUGAUUUGGUUGAUCUACAUUAUAAACAUCUAUUAAGAUUGUUUAUUGAUUAUUAUUACCUCUAUAGAAUGACAUGUGUUGCUUGCAUCGAUUCUUCAUUACAGUCUAAUACUCUGACGGACACGGAACAUGUGAAAAACUCUUUGGCGAUGACUUUAGAAGAGAUUGCAAAGAAUACGAAGAUAUUGAAAAGAAAAAGAAGAUAUAGUGGUGAGUAUACAUUCAAGGACAUAAUAGUGGUUAUGGAUGUUGAAGCUUUCAACCAACCAUAUAUUAGACAUGAUGUAUUCCGUGAAUUUCACGCGGAUGCCAUCUUACCAAAGAAAGAAAUAGUUGCAUUGAAGGAGGAAGUCUCCAAAUCCUUAGCCAAUUUGCGAGGCCAGUUACAGGAAGCCUAUCAAAAUAAUUUUACUAGUUCACAGAGGAUAGAUAAGGAUAAGCUGAUCGCAAAAUAUAUCAACGAGACUCGAAUCGAUCUGCCCUUUUAUGAUUCAAGUAGGCCCAAGAAUGUGGACCGCAUCAUGACCGGUGGAUAUAACGAAAAACUGCAGAUUCUCAGAGAUGUAUUGCAUAGAGAUCAUGUAUUCAAUGGAAAUCUCGAAAGUAUGUUAUGGUUUCUAUUAGAGCUAAAUACUUCGGCUUCCAAAGAAAUAUUGAAAACAGAUUCUGCAUUUGGGAAGAUAACACUCAAGGAAGUCAAAGGGUUCUUGAAGCGACAGACUGGUAACAAACCGCCAGUAUUUCAGGAUAAUGACCUCAUUCUUUGCAUCCUUUUUAACACAGAUAAAAAGUGGUGUAGAUACCUACUUCAGUUUGCUGCUAGCGCAUCAUUAGAAGAAGAUGAAUAUUUUUGGUCCCGCAUAAUGGAUACCAAGAGAUUAGAUUGUGUUAGAAUGCUUGAGAAGUACGCAGGCCUAGGACCCGGCCCUCAGGUGAUUAACGUUUUGGCGGGAAGCUCUCAAUAG